ACCACAAUUUUAGCUUGAGUUUGGUGUUUGGAUUUAACCUUCAGUAAGUAUACUGAAAGGCUAAAUCUAUUUCAGACUCAGGAAAGAUUUUGGAGAGGAAGAAGGGGUAGACUGCUUUGAUUCAGUAUGCCGGCCUUUCCAAUUCUCCUCAGCAUCACAUUGCUGUCAAUCUCAUCCUUUCUUCUUCCCACCUCUGGCCUAAACCAUGAAGGCCUUGCCCUCCUCUCAUGGCUUUCAACCUUUAACUCCUCUCCUUCCUCCUCUUUGUUCUCUUCAUGGAAUCAAAUCCACCAAAACCCAUGCAGAUGGGCUUUCAUCACAUGCUCCAAAAAUGGUUUAGUUUCAGAAAUCAGUAUCAAAUCCAUCAACCUUUCCACCACAUUCCCCACUCAACUCCUGUCAUUCAAUUCCCUCGCCACAAUAGUCCUACAUGAUACAAACAUCACUGGAGAAAUUCCAGCAGAGAUCUCCAACUUGACUUCUUUGGUCACUCUAGACCUCAGUUACAACAAUCUAAAUGGAAACAUGCCACCUGAGAUUGGAAAGCUUUGGAAAUUGGGCUCCCUCUACUUGAACUCGAACUCAUUAAAAGGCCCAAUCCCACCAGAGAUCAGUAAUUGCUCGCAGCUCAGAUCAUUAGAGCUGGUCGACAACGCGCUGACCGGGACGAUUCCAGCAGAGCUUGGCAAGCUUUCACUUCUAGAAACUUUUCGGGCAGGAGGAAAUGCAGGACUCUUUGGAGAAAUUCCAGUCAACAUUUCUCAGUGCCAAGGACUAGUCUUCCUAGGUCUGGCAGGCACUGCAGUCUCUGGCCACAUUCCAUCCAGCUUGGGAGAACUGAAGAGUCUAAGGACUCUUUCUAUAUACACAGCUAAUCUCUCUGGAACCAUUCCGCCGCAAAUUGCGAAUUGCUCAGCUCUUGAGAAUGUUUUUCUUUACCAGAAUCAGCUUACAGGUGAGAUCCCGGCUGACUUAGGCCUUCUGAGAAAUCUAAAGAGUUUGUUGCUUUGGGAGAACAGCUUCAAUGGUAAUAUUCCAGGAUCACUUGGUAAUUGUAGUGGUUUGACAAUUAUGGACUUCUCCUUGAAUUCUCUGACUGGUGAAAUCCCAGCAUCCUUUUCAAAUUUGCUAUCACUAGAGGUGUUCCUACUGUCUUACAACAAUAUCUCUGGCAAGAUUCCACCUUUCAUUGGAAAUCUUUCAAGUCUGAAUCAGCUAGAGUUGGAUAACAAUAGGUUCUCAGGCGAAAUCCCGGCUAGUAUUGGGCAGCUCAAGGAGCUGAGUCAGUUCUUUGCAUGGCAGAAUCAGCUACGUGGGAACAUACCUUUUGAGAUAGGCUAUUGCAAAAAUCUCCAAUCCCUUGACCUUUCAUACAACUUCCUCUCUGGUUCGCUACCAAAUUCUCUAUUCAGUAUCAAAAGCUUGAGCAAGCUCAUGCUGAUCUCUAAUGGGCUUUCUGGUGAUCUCCCAUCACAUAUUGGCAACUGCAGCAGCUUGACCCGGUUGCGGCUUGGAUUCAAUCGGUUUUCAGGCAGAAUUCCACCAGAAAUCGGGCUCCUCCGCAGUCUGACCUUCCUCGAGUUGUCUGAAAACCAGCUCUCUGGUGAAAUACCACCCGAACUUGGCAACUGCGUCCAACUUGAAAUGGUUGAUUUGCAUGAGAACAGGCUCCAAGGCAUGAUUCCUAGUUCCUUUGAAUCUCUUCAGCAUCUCAAUGUACUAGACCUUUCAAGGAAUAGAAUCUCAGGAGCAGUUCCUGAGUUGUUAAGUAAGCUCAAGUCUCUAAAUAAGCUUGCAUUAAAUGGGAACUACAUCACCGGUUCGAUACCCAAGUCCUUGGGUCUUUGCAAGGAUUUGCAGUCAUUGGAUAUGAGCAGCAACAGACUCUCAGGUCCAAUCCCUGAUGAGAUUGGUCAGCUGCAGGGACUUGAUAUAGUGUUGAAUUUGAGUUGGAACUCUCUCUCAGGCCCUCUUCCUCAAGGAGUUUCAAAUCUUUCAAAGCUCGCCAGCCUCGAUCUUUCACAUAACAUGCUGACAGGAUCAUUAACCAUAUUGGGUGAGCUUGGAAAUUUGGUUUUUCUUGAUGUUUCAUACAAUAAUUUUUCAGGUUAUCUCCCUGACACUCUGUUCUUCCGACAACUUCCAAUGAUAUUUCUUUCUGGUAAUCCGCAGUUAUGUACUGUUCAUAAUGAGUGUUUUCUUAGAUUCCAAAGGAGUCAUUCUUCAAGAAGGAUCAUCCUUCUUCUUAUUUUUGGUCUUGCUUUGACCGUUGUUGUAAUGACAUUGGGAACAUUGGUGACUCUAAGGGCUCAGAAGGCGGCGGCAAAUAAUUUGAAGGAAGAUGAGGAAAUACAAGAAUGGGAUUUUACACCCUUUCAGAAGCUGGAUUUCUCUAUAGAUGAAGUUGUAAAGGGGUUAUUGGAUUCUAACAUCAUUGGAAACGGUUCUUCUGGCGUGGUCUAUAGGGUUGAGACCAGAACUGGGCUUAUGGUUGCUGUGAAGAAACUAUCGCCAGAAAAGAAUCGAGAGUUCCCUGGAAGGGAUCUUUUCACUGCAGAAUUGAAGACUCUUGGGUCCAUCAGACAUAAGAACAUAGUAAGGCUUUUGGGCUGCUGCUGCAAGAGAAAUAGAAGUUCUCAGUUGCUCAUAUUUGACUAUAUCAGCAAUGGAAGUUUGGAUAAGUUGCUUCAUAGAAGCAGUAAGUUCUUUCUAGAGUGGGAUUCGAGGUACAAGAUUGCACUAGGUGCAGCUGAGGGCUUGGCCUAUCUCCACCAUGACUGCAAUCCUCCAAUCAUCCAUCGGGAUAUCAAGGCCAACAACAUAUUAAUUGGUCCACAGUUUGAAGCCUAUCUUGCAGAUUUUGGACUUGCAAAGCUCAUGGAUAAUUCAGGUUACAGAAGACCUUGUAGCAUUGUCAUUGGUUCUUGUGGUUACAUUGCUCCUGAAUACAGUUACAGUCUAAAGAUCACAGAGAAGAGUGAUGUUUAUAGCUAUGGUGUUGUUCUCUUGGAGAUCUUAACUGGGAUGCAACCAACUGAUGAUAGAAUUCCGGGAGGAAUCCACAUCAUCGAAUGGGUCCGGAGGGAGUUGAGAAGACCUACUGCUAAGGCUGCAGACUUACUCGAUGAGGUGUUAAGGAAUCAAACAGAUUUGAUUGUACAGGAAAUGGUUCAAGUGCUUGGUGUGGCUCUCCUUUGUGUGAAUGCAGUGCCAAAGGAGCGUCCCACCAUGAGAGAUGUGGUGGCUUUGCUCAAGGAAAUUAGGCUUGAGUAUCAAAAUCUCAUAGAUGCUGAUGGAGCAUAUAAGGGAUUUGAAGACAGUGCCCAAGCAACAGCCUGCAGUAGCUUUUCUAGAUCCUCAGAACCUUUGAUAAACUCCUAUCGAUGCUAGUCAUUAACAAUUUUGGCUUCUUAAAUCCAUGCAAAGUUAAACUUACAGGGUGGUUACAAACCUCUUUUUUCAAUAAAAGAAAAGAAGCCAUGUAUGUUUUAUUCAUCAUAGUUCCCCUUACUUUGUUGUAUAUGUUUUCUGCAUCAUGAGAGCCCUUAUAGAUGUUUUGUGUUUGACUUCUUUUGUAAAGCCAAGAGUGCAUGAGAACCCAUGUGGCAUUUCUGUGUUUUGCUGAUUUUGCUUCAAAAUUUUAGCAAUUCUC